UCCCGAGUAUCAACAACAGACAAUGCAUGCCGCGGGCGCAGUUGCGUCGGUGCUGGCACUGCUCGUAGCAAAUGGGACCUCGGUGCUGGACUGUGUCUGCAACCACCUCAUCAACCUUACUGACCAUGGCAGACACUGGAGAAGCGAAAUCAGUGAGAGUGAACAUCAGAUAUGGUUGGAGUACUGUCAAUAUUUCGCAGUCCACAUGCUGACCGGAACUUGCGAAACCCUGGAGUCGCCGUCCGCCAUUGUGCCAACCGUGGCCCACCUGACAGCCAGCAUCUCGAGCUACAGACCGCCACCGCCGCCUGCAGGGCCGGGGGAGUGGGACGAGUGCGCCGGAGCCAUGGCGGAGCUCCGACACCUCACGUGGAGCCAGUCCAGGGAACUCAAAGAGGAACUCGGCUGCCGGAUCGCUGCUGACUGUAUCGACUCCUGCCUCGUACAGGGGUUUCACGACAUGGAAUGGAACGUGACAACGCUGCAAACUGAUCAUCUGAGGCGCCCUAUCCUGUCCCAGUCACUGUACGCUGUUCGCCGCAUCACAAGAGCCAUUCUCGCCAGGGGACAAUGUGAGCAAUAUCACCGACCUGAUUUUUUGCGGUGGGACUUGAACAAAACUGAAUUACGAGCCCUGGAGGCGGUUUACCGAGAACGCCUCUCCAACUACUGGCGAGACUUCGCGCAGCUGGUUUCAUUUGGUGUGGCGCACGUCUCACAGCUAUUGGUUCCCCUCGCAUUCGAACAUGUGGGUAACCACAUGAGUGAGCAGAAACUCCACGGCUGGAUUAAGCAUGCGGAACGUGUGAAAGACAUGCUACACACGAAAUUAAGCGGAUGGGUACACGACAUGCAAUCCGUCAGCAGACAGACAGCGUACUACGAGACAGAAGAAGAUAAGGAGAGGCCUGGGUACUUUAUAUUCAGGCGACCGCUGUUGAAUGAUGGCCUACUGAACUAUCAGCCGUCAUACCUUUCCUUUUACGAUGACAUAAGUGUGCUAUGCCAAGAGAGACAGCCAGAGGCAUCGAAAAUGUUUGGUCUCGCCGAUGCGCUGUACGCCUUCUCUCAUAGCUACUGGUAUAAUACAGCAUGGUUCUUCAAUCAACGCCACGCGCAUUACACCGAACCUGUGGAUGAGGAGUGGCAGCUGGAGGACAGAAGCAACAUUACGCUCUCGGUGGAUACUAACUGCAUGUACCUGUUGGCGAACGCCCUGGACCACCCCACGUGUACGCUGGAAGACCUGCCAUUGGAAGCCGUUAAGCAAUACGAGCAGUGCCGUAUGCAGCUGUGGGACGACAUGGUGCAGAGGUCGCCCCACAUACCUGUGACCAGCUACCUUGCCUACACCCAAAGGGCAAACGUCAACCUCUGUCUGCUGGCCUGGAUGGCAGUCAGUUCAUUCAGCAUUUGUCAGGACAUUCCAUUUAGUAUGAUACAAUCCGUGCACGAUGCUCGCUGCUAUUUCGAUUGUCCUGACGACCAAUCGUGUCUGGAAUCUAACGCUACUGAUGCCAUCUGCUCUGUUUCCAGAGCUAUUCUGUUGCUGAAGUGUCGUGAUUUUUCCUCGUUUAAGCCUCCAAUGAAGUGUGGCGUCAGACUUUACCUAGACGGAUCGUACUCAGCGACGUUUAAUAUAGCAAACCUUUUUGGCCGCGAAGAACAUCAAAAGGCAACAGAAAUAGCUCUGAACUACAAACACAGUUUAAUCAGCGCCACCUUGAAAUACAAGGAUUUCAAAAUUGACCGCUUAAAGCCUUUAGAAAUCUCAUUUAUAUCGGUAAAUAUAAUUUUCCGCUUUUUGACUGCCGCAGUAUAUUUGUACCUUCCCAACUUACGUAAUUUGCCAGGAAAGAUAUUUUUGGCGUUUCAGAUAACCGGUAUAAUCCAGAUUCUGUGUUCUGAGGUCGUGUAUCGUAUGGUUGGUUUCCCUGACUUAUCUACAGCAGUGCUGAUCGAUAGCGCCCUCACACUUCUCAGCUGUAUCUGGCUAAACUCAUUCUGCUACCAAAUGUAUGCUUGUGUUCGUCACCUUAAGCUUCCUAACGACCUACUGCCUUCCGAAGUAACGAAGGUAUUCCGUCUUCUGGUGCUGUGUGCACUAAUACCAUGGAGUUUAGCAUGUGCAGCAACUUCUGCUUUGGAAAAGGCUAACAAAUAUUAUCUGAUCCACAGUCGGAUAAUAUUCCUCGUAGGGAUUUCACUCUCAGUAGCUUUGAAUUUGGUUUUUAUUGGACUUGUGGGAUACAUUUACUUACGUAAUAAGAAAUCCAUGACUCAACUCAGAAUCUACAGUAACAAAAAAUAUGGCUCAAAAAAAGAUAUCGUUUUUAUGUUAGUUAAGAGUGUGUUCUUGAGCGGGAUAGGUGUGCUUAUUAGGAUAGGAUUUCAUCAGGCACAAGGAGUAGCACAGUUUGUGUACUAUGUACACAUAACUACGAUGAUGCAGGGACCACUCCUGUUCGUAUUUUUCAUUUGCAACGGUACAACGCUACCUGUACUCAAGAACAGGGUACUAGCGUGGCUGAACCCAAACAUCACCAUUCCAGAGCAUGAGCUGUGUUCGGCAGCUGAGAGAAAUCUGGAAAGGAGGAGAAAUGAACAUUCUCUGGCUGCGAGAUCCACGUUGUAGUCUCCAUGAGUAUUCAUCUCUUCAUUGUAGACCAUGCUAAGGCCUGUGAUUAGCUAUAAAUAUAGAAUCUGUCUGAAGUGACAAAAUUAACAGCGUCCGCUAACAAAUAACAAGUGACUCGGUUUUCUAAUUUACCCUUUAUAUAAAAUCAUGUGAUUAUUUGAACAUGGUAGCAUAUGUUUGUGUAUAGUAAAGGACUCUAGUAAUUAAUUAGUUGCGUAAAAUAUAACCCGAAGUGAAUGCAAAGUGUUAAAGGACGAUGUUACACGAGACUAGAGUAAUGGCGUCUAUGAGUCGGGAUGUUGACUUGAUGAGUGAGAGAUACAUCGUACGUUAAAAAUUAAUGUGUAAUCUGUAUGCUAGUCUUAAACAGGGAAGUACAUAAUGUAAAAAGGCAUUUAUACAAACAGUAUACUGAUAGGAAGGACUUGUGCCGGAAUUUGAACUAUAAGGGCUUAUGUUCAUCCAGAAGUUAAACUAUAAUGGAGUAUUAUGUACAGCUUACACCGAGGUGAGAGAAGUCAUGGGAUGCUUUACAAUAUCGUGCCGUACCUCCUUUUAUCCGGCAUAAUGCAGCAACUUGCGUGGCAUGAACUCAACAAGUCUUCGGAAGUGCACUGCAGAAAUGAUGAGUAAUAUUGCGUCUAUAGCCGUCCAUAACUGCAGAAGUGUUGACAGUGCAGGAUUUUGUGCACAAACUGACCUCACCAUGAUGUCCCAAACAUGUUCAAUGGGAUUCACGUCGGGCGAUGUGGGUGGCUAAAUCAUUCGCUAGAAAUGUCCAGAACUAUCCUUAAACCAGUCGUCAACAAUUGUGACCCGGUGACGUGGCGCACUGUCAUCCAUGUAAAUUGCAUCGUUGUUUGCGAACAUGAAGUCCACGAAUGGCUGUAGAUGGUCUCCAUAUAGUCGAACAUAACCAUGUCCCAUGUACACACAGCCCAUACCAUUAUGAAGACACAUACAGUAUUCACCGUGCCUUGUUGACAACUUGCGACCAUGGCAUCGUGGGGUUUGCGCAUCCUCGAACCCUACCAUCAGCUCUUACGAACUGAAAUCGCGACUCAUCUGAUCAGGGCACGGUAUGGCAGUCGUCUACAAUCCAACCCAAAUGGUUACGAACCCAAGAGAGGCUGUACAGACGAUGUCGUUCUAUUACUAAAGUCAAUCGCUGCACUGUCCUAACGCAUAUGUUUAUCAUCCGUUCUAUAUUCAUUUCUGCGAUUUGUUCAAGCCCUUUCGCUUGUCUUUUAGCACUGUAACUCUACACAAAACCGUGCGAGGUAGAGCAGUGGUUAGCACACUGGACUCGCAUUCGGGAGGAUGACGGUUCAAUCCCGCCAUCCUGAUUUAGGUUUUCCGUGAUUUCUCUAAAUCGUUUCAGGCAAAUGCCGGGAUAGUUCCUUUGAAAGGGCACAGCCGACUUCCUUCCCCGUCCUUCCCUAAUCCAAUGAGACCGAUGACCUCGCAGUUUGGUCUCUUCCCCCAAACAACCCAACGAACCCCUAUGCAAACGUCGCUGCUCUCGGUCCUUAAGUGAAGGUCGCUGGCCAUAGCCUUGUCUAUGGUGAGAGGCAAUGCCUGAAAUUUGCUACUCUCGGUACACUAUCGACACUGCGAAUCUUGGAAUUGUUGAAUUCCCAAACGAUCUCCGAAACAGAAUGUCCCAUGCCUCUAGCUCUAAUUACCAUUCCGCUUUCAACGUCUUUUAAUCCCAGUCGUGCUGCUACAAUCACGUCGGAAACGUUUACACAUGAAUCACCUAAGUAGUGCCAAUGCACUGCCCUUUUUUUUACCUUGCGUACGCGCUGCUACCGUCAUCUGGGCAAGUGCGAUACUGCUAGCCCAUGACUUUGUCACCCCAGUGAAGUGUGACAUGUUAUCAAUAAAAUAUCUCACAUUUGUCCAAAUAAAAACUGAGUGAGAGAGUUAUGAAAAUGAAA